AUGCCCACAGUCAAGGCUGUUAAGGAUCCGAAGAAUCCAUCGUUAAAAUUCUUAACUGUGAAGUUGAAGGAAAUUCAGUUGUCUUUUGCUGAUGUUUGGGAGUUUGUGGAAACUUUCCAGGAAGAUGCAACAUAUGCACAGGUUUCGGUGAGAUUGACAGCGGUGGAUGAUUUGUGGGAGAAAUUUAGUGAAGUUCUUAUUGAUAUCAAAUCACACGAAGAUUUCGUAUCUGAUGUUGAAGUUUAUGAAAGAGAACGGAAGGAGUUCAGUGAUCGCUACUAUUACGCUAAAUCAUUCUUGAUGGAUAAGGCGAAGGGCCGUUCAGAAUGUACAGAGCUUAAUCAAUCCAUUCAUGUUAAUGAUCAUAGUAAUUCUGGUGGUUUUGAUCAUGUUCGGCUUCCUCAAAUUAAGCUGCAGUCGUUUAAUGGUAACAUAGAUGAAUGGCUCGGGUUUCGCGAUCUGUUUAUUUCGCUCAUCCAUAACAAGCAGGAUUUGCCGGAGGUGGAGAAAUUCCACUAUUUGAAGGGAUGUCUUCAGGGUGAACCGAAAUCAUUAAUUGAUCCUCUUCAAAUAACAAGGGCUAAUUACAUCGUUGCAUGGGAUAUGCUGUUAAAGCGUUACAAUAACAGCAAGCAAUUAAAAAAGCGACAAGUUCAAUCGCUGUUUAAGUUACCUUCGUUGACAAAGGAGUCGGUAUGUGAAUUGCUUCAGUUAUUGGAAGGGUUUGAGCGAAUCGUUAACACGUUAGAUCAGGUGUUAGAACCUACUGAUUACAAGGAUCUGUUGCUUGUGAAUUAUCUUGUUUCUCUUUUGGAUCCGAUCACGCGAAGAAGUUGGGAGGAGGAAUCAGCUUCAAAGGAACAAGAUGUAUUGGCUGAUUUGACUGGUUUUCUUCAUCGGCGAGUUCAAGUGUUAGAAUCGCUUCCGCAAAGGUCAAAUGAAAAUAGAACCAUACCCUCUCAGGUGGUAACUAAGCCAAAGCUCAACGUUCGAGCAUUCCACAACAAUGUUAAUUAUUCAGGGAAUAAAUGUGUUGUUUGUAAAUCCCAGCAUCCCUUGCAUCAGUGUCCGAGGUUUUUGAAAUUGUCGGUUACGGAUAGAGAUUCGGUUUUGAAAACAAAUUCAUUAUGUCGGAACUGCUUUAGAACUUCCCAUAUGGCUCGGGAAUGUCAGUCUAAGUUUUCGUGUCGGAAUUGCGGAGGACGCCAUCACACACUGGUGUGUUUCAAGGGCAAGGCAGGAGAAAAUCCGGAAUCGUCGAGGUCAGGCGAAACCAAUGGCACUUCUAAGAGUGAUCAAUUGCGAGGAGAGUCAUCAUUUCGGGUUUCUAACCCAGCUUCAUCAACAUGCUUAUCAUCGGGUGUUGAACAAAUGGCUAACGGUCGGGUUCUCUUAGCAACUGCGGUGGUUCUCUUGGAAGAUGAAUUGGGAAACAGAUAUCCAGCUCGAGCGCUGCUUGAUUCGGGGUCAGAAGGCAAUUUCAUAUCGGAACGAUUGAGUCAGCGUUUGACGAUGAGUCGGAAAAGGGUAGAUGUUACGAUACUUGGAAUUGGUCAGACAUCUACAAGAGUUAAGCAAAAGGUUCAAGCGGUGGUGCGCUCGAGAGUGAACAGCUACUGUAAAGAAAUGGAAUUCCUGGUCCUACCCAGAGUAACUGUUGAUCUUCCCACUGCUACGGUAUCAACGGAUGAAUGGUCAUUCCCAGAUGGAAUUGAAUUGGCGGAUCCAGCAUUUUUCGAGUCGAAGGUGGUGGAUUUAGUGUUGGGAAUUGAAUCGUUUUUCGACUUCUUCGAAACGGGAAAGCGGAUUUCCAUCGGUGAUCAAUUACCAACACUUACGGAGUCAGUUUUUGGUUGGGUCGUUUCUGGAGGUUUAUCGCAAUGUACAUCAGCACGGAUUGCUUGCAAUGUUUCAUCAACAGAGUCUCUUGAAACUCUUGUCGCUCGGUUUUGGGCUUGUGAGGAGCUGGGUUCGGAAAACCUAUACUCACGGGAGGAAAGGCAUUGCGAGGAAAUUUUCCAGAAAACGGUACAGAGAGACAGUAAUGGAAGGUACACGGUCUCUCUUCCUAGGAAUGAGGAGGUUUUUCCUAAAUUGGGCGACUCACAGGAAAUAGCACUACGGCGUCUGGGUGCAACUGAGCGUAGGCUAGCUCGAAACGCGGAAUUGCGGGAGCUGUAUACUAAGUUCAUGGACGAGUACAUACAGCUAGGUCACAUGGAAGAAGUUGAGGAAGCUUCUGAUAUCAAACGUUGUUUUUUACCACACCACCCGGUGGAAAAGGAGGAUAGUACGACUACUAAAUUGCGUGUUGUAUUCGAUGCUUCGUGCAAAACAACUACUGGAGUCUCACUGAAUGAUGGAUUACUAACAGGUCCAGUAAUCCAGGACGAUCUUCGGGCAAUUAUACUCCGCUGUCGAAUGUGUCAGAUUAUGGUCGUCGCAGAUGUUGAGAAAAUGUUUCGCCAAAUCAACAUAACAAGAGAAGAUCGUCCACUACAGUCGAUUUUAUGGAGAAGGUCCCCAUCGGAGCCAGUCAAGACGUUUGAGCUGAAGACGGUAACAUACGGCACCAAACCUGCUCCGUUUUUGGCAACACGCACCUUGAAGCAGUUAGCAUUGGAUGAAGGGGAGAGGUUUCCCUUGGCAUCAAAGGUAUUUUCGGAAGAUACGUACAUGGACGAUGUAGUAUCAGGUGCAGAAGAUGCAAAUGCAGCCCUCGAACUGCGAGUUCAGUUGGAUAAAGCUGCAAGAGCUGGAGGGUUUCGGUUGCGAAAAUUCGCAUCAAAUUGUUUAGAGGUCCUGCAAGGACUACCACAAGAGAGUGUAGCCAUUAAAGAAGCUUCAGACGGGUCGGACAUAGAUCCCUCGAUGAAGGUCCUUGGACUCACUUGGUUGCCGAAAUCUGAUGUCUUCAUGUAUCAUUUUAACAUUUCCGAAAUUCCAAAAUCCACGGUUCUAACUAAACGGAAGGUGCUGUCGGUAAUUGCAACGCUCUUCGACCCGUUGGGACUCCUAGGUGCUGCAAUAACAACUGCAAAAAUAUUCAUGCAGCAGUUGUGGACCUUGCGGAAUAAUGAUGACCAAAGAUUGGACUGGGAUAAGCCAUUACCUCCAACGGUGGGUGAGGAUUGGCUGAAGUACUACGAACAACUAGGUACACUAAACGAAAUUCGUAUUGAACGGUGCAACAUUAUCCCAGGAGCCAUUCACAAGGAGAUUCACUGUUUUUCAGAUGCUUCGGAGAAAGCAUAUGGUGGUUGCGUUUACCUUAAAAGCAUUAACUCUGAUGGAGAGGUUAAAAUUUGUUUGUUGUCGGCAAAAUCGAGGGUAGCUCCGCUUGCAAGUCAAUCGAUUCCCCGCCUAGAGUUGUGUGGUGCUCUGCUAACGGCUGAACUAUUCAGUUUCGUAAAGGAUUCUAUGAAAUUUGAUUGCCCAGUUUACUUUUGGACAGAUUCAACAUGCGUGUGGCGAUGGUUACAGGCUGUUCCAUCUACUUGGACUACCUAUGUGGCAAAUCGAGUUGCCAAAAUACAACAACUCACGGAAGGGUUUGAAUGGAGGCAUGUCCCAGGCGUUGACAAUCCAUCAGAUCUUAUUUCUCGGGGUAUUCCACCGGCAGAGAUUGGUCAAAAUCGCCUGUGGUGGGAAGGUCCUUGUUGGUUGACGCUAGACAAGGAAAACUGGCCAGAACUACCGACUAACCACUUGGCGGAAAUUGGUGAUGAAGAAAGGCGUCGAACUACAGUCACAGCAUUAGCAACAAACAAUUCAGAGCAUGAGUCAGAUUUCAAUCGUUGGUAUUUUAGUUUGUAUUCCGAUUACACUAAGAUGGUCAGAGGUACAGCCUAUUUGUUGAGGUUGAAAAAGCUGUUAACAUCCAAACGUCAAGCUAAAUUUCAAGCUUUCCUACAGUCAGCUGAGAUGGAAGAAGCAGAAAGAGCUUUAGUCAAGUGUGUCCAAAAAGAGUGUUUCGCUGAUGAGUUGAGAGUUUUGUCUAAGGGCGAAUGUGUUUCAAGACAAUCUAAACUAAGAUGGUUCAAUCCCAAAAUAUUCUCCGAUGGUUUGUUGAGAAUUGGUGGUAGAUUGAGUAAUUCGUCUGAAUCAGAAACUGCAAAACACCCGGUUGUCUUGCCAGCUCGUCACAAUUUUACUCGGCUAAUAUUAGAGCACUUCCAUCGUCGAUUAUUACACGCUGGUCCUCAGCUGCUUUUAGCUACUGUUAGAUUGAAAUUUUGGCCCUUGGGUGGCAGGAGCGUGGCUCGUCAGAUUGUACAAAAAUGUCACACCUGCUUCAGGGCUCGUCCCACACCGAUUCAACAGUUUAUGUCAGAACUACCAGCUUCACGCGUAACGGUUUCGCGUGCAUUCCUUAGAACAGGAGUGGACUAUUUUGGUCCAGUAUACAUUCGCCCGGCCCCCAGACGCCCAGUGGUUAAGGCGUACGUUGCUGUUUUUGUAUGCAUGUCCACUAAAGCGGUGCAUCUUGAGCUGGUAUCAGACCUAUCUACAGAACGGUUCAUACAGGCAUUACGUAGAUUUGUCGGAAGAAGAGGAAGGUGCUCAGAGAUAUUUUCGGACAACGGUACGAACUUUGUGGGCGCAAGGAACCAAAUGGUUGAAUUGUUUCGUCUGUUGAAGUGUCAGACCCAUCGGGAACGAAUGUUCAAAGAAUGUGGCAGCGAAGGAAUUAGGUGGCAUUUCAAUCCACCCGGCGCUCCACAUUUUGGAGGUUUGUGGGAGGCAGCGGUGCGUUCCGCAAAAAAGCACAUUCUAAGGGUAAUCGGCGAAAACCCUGUCAGCACAGAAGAUUUCGCGACGCUUCUGGUUCAGGUCGAAGCGUGUUUAAAUUCGCGACCAAUUACACCACUUUCGAACGAUCCAAAUGAUUUGGAUCCGUUGACACCCGGUCAUUUUAUUAUUGGAGAAUCCCUACAGUCCAUGCCAGAUGAAAACUAUUUGAAAAUAUCAGAUAACCGGCUUAAUCAAGUUCAGUUGAUGCAGAAAAAUUUGCAAUUAAUAUGGAAACGGUGGCGUAGAGAAUAUCUGUGCCAACUACAAGCCAGAACAAAACGGUGGAAACCUUCAGUGUCGGUUGACCUGGGUCGUUUGGUUAUCAUUAAGGAUGAAAAUGUUUCCCCAUGUCGAUGGAAAAUGGGUAGAAUUGUAGAGCUUCAUCCAGGACAAGAUGGUGUGGUUCGAGUAGUCACAUUAAAAACGGAAUCAGGGCUGAAAAAGCGCCCUGUUGAGAAAUUGUGUUUAUUACCUAUGCCAGAUUCGAAUGAAAAUUCAAAUCAGAGUUCUGAAGUUGAGAUGGAGAAUAAUUGA